CAACUGCUCUGUCGCGCGCCACAAAUGCGCAAAGAACUUGAAAUUCUCUGCGGACGUCACAGGAUCACGCGAGCGUCUACCCGCCCCACUCUACAAACAGCCGUGCCCCUCUGCAUCCCGACGUCGUACUACCUCUCGCAGACUCUCGUGCGUCCGCCUCUCGAGAUCUACACUCCGCCGCCGGUCGAAGCUCACACUCCACCGCCGGCCGACGUUCACACUCCGCUGCCGCUCAAAUAUUACUCCACCGCCUCUCCUAGCUUCCGCCAAUCCGCUGAGCGAUGCCCGCCUCCUCGAGGACCCGCGAACGUCGUCAUCGCACUGUACCUCCUCUGGACCAAGGCAGCGACCUCUUGCCGCCGAAGAUGUCGCGCGGGGCAGGCCCAUGUUCUCCCGCCACAAUCAAGCGACCUCGAGCCGCCGUGCAUCUUCGCGCGAACACAGGACCGCCUCACGUCGAAUGGCCAACGCGCGCAGAUGGGCCCUCUCAUGUCGAUGGACCGCCUUGCCGCGCCGUACAGUCGUCGCGCGCCACCAACGGGCCGUUACGCGCCACCAACGGGUCGUCCCACGCCAACAACGGAGAGCACUCGCCAUGACCUCUCAAGUCGUCACGAUGACCGCACCCGCACAGACCUCGCGAGCACCCGCACCGACCUCUCGAGUAGUCGACAUGAUCCCUCGAACACUCUCAGCGACCUUUCAUUAUCGAUCAACGCCGCUUUCGCCAGGCUAUCCCUCCAAGACGACGCGUCCGACGAUUAUGCCGCGCCCGAUGCAAGACCAACUUUGCAUCCACGAGAAAUUGUCCCGCGCCCAUCUUCCAUCAUCGCGUCAACCGGUUCGGCCAUUGGACAUUUCCGCUCAUUCGAACAAUCGCCUUUCCUUGCGCCUUCCGUUUAUCCGCCUGCGCCGUACACGUAUCCGCCUGCACCGCUCGAGCGCACAAAUCCUCUGUUGCGACAAGCCGCGCCGUCCAAGCCGCGUCGUCCAGCCACGCCGUCCGACCCGCGUCGACAAGUCGCGCCUUCUAGUCUGUCGGGGCGACUCGCGCCGCCCGAGCCUUCGCGGAAUGUCGCAUCUUCCGAGGCGUCGGCAAUCAACAUAUGUAGGCGCCAACUUAACGCUUUACGCAGGGCUGCGACGAAAUUUGCACCUCAUAAUGCUAUCCCGCCCUCCCCAGUCGGUGCAACACCUCGAUUUGCCGCACCGCAUUCUCCGCCUUUCGCACCCUCCUCCGCACCCCUCGUCCCCUCUUCCGCGCCUCUACUCCCUCCAUCCGGGUUGCCAAAGCCUAGUCCAGCCUCCCCUCAAAAUUCCCCCAACUCGUCUGUCGAGAUCAUACAAUCAGAUAACUCUCUAUCUUCCCUCGGUAGCUGGUGAACCGGCGAGACGUCAGGAAUGGUCGCAUGGCGUCUUUCCUGCUUAUCACCUACCUGGUCUCCCUGUUACUCACCAGUGACUUCGUCCUGUCUCUCAGCCAGUUCCUUAUAGCUAUACCCCUCGUAACAUGUAG